UGUGUAAGGUGGACAUAAAUAGUGGAAUGUUAUGUGGUAUAAACAUUGGUAGCAACGAAUUUUAAAUUCUCUUUUCACUUAAAUUGUACCAUUUACAGUUGAAACACCUUCAACAGCACCGUUACUAGGUUUUCUUUUUGCAUGUGAAUAUUAGUAACAGUGAACUGAAAAUUAAAUCAGACCGGAUCGAUGUCAUUUCUGAUUACUAAAACACCCUGCAUCAAAUUUAAUAUCAAAAAAUCCAUACAAAAGGCUGGUAUGUCGUUUAUCUAUUCGUAGCGAUAAUGGCUUCAAUGCAAGACCGUGUCUCAGAACAUUAACAUUUCGUGUAGAAGUUACUUUUGCGUUACAAGAAAAUAAGUUGCAACCUAAAAUAAGGCUGAGAGUGAGUGCACUUUCAAAGCACAACACAACAUGAUGGAUAUUAAAGGAGUAGGAAAUUCAGCACAUCUGUCUUAUGUGAUUAUUAUUCUAGUGUCAUUCAUAACUCUUACAAUACAUGCCCAAAAAGAUGGACAUCCAUACGAAAGCUUAGAAAACGCAUGCAGUAAUUGUACCUGCAUAGAAAAGGAGACCAAUCAACCAAGAAAGUUUUAUGCCUUGGACUGCGUAUCAAAGAAUUUCAGUCAAAUUUUAGCUGGUUAUCCGCCCAGUUUCGAUUUAACUGACAAAGGCACCAUCAUGGACAUAUCAUAUUCUGGGAAUGAAAUACCGUUUCUCAACCAACUUCCUGCAACGGAAGUGUUGGUUUAUUUCAGCUGUCGUCAUUGCGGAAUCAAAGAAAUUUCAGCUGAAGUUUUUAUCGAUGUUCCCAUGAUCUACAGAGUCGAUCUUAGCUGGAAUGAAUUGAGUGACCUGAUACCGGAAAUAUUUAAAGGUCGUUAUAAUAGGGAUGCUUAUGAACCGAUUGGUUUGGUAGAACUUGAUUUAAGUUACAAUUUGUUGGAAACAUUGGAACCUCGUUUAUUCGAACAUGUAAAGGGAUUAAGAGUGUUGAAUCUGGAGCACAACAAACUAAAUUUUGAACAUCCAUCCACCAUUGACGCUUUGGCAACGCUUAAAAAUGUCGAAAAAUUAAAUUUAGCCCACACUGGGAUCGAAAAUUUGCCUGCGAAAAUCUUGAAUAAUAAUCUGGUGGAGUUGAAUAUUUACGGUAACAAGUUUCUGACAGUUCCGGAAAGUUUAUCCCUUGGUGGUGUAGCACUGAAGUGGUUGAACGUCGGAGGAAAUUUAAUCGAAGAGAUUGACGAUGGAAACUUUACGGGGAUGACUUCAUUACGGACAUUGCACAUGAGUGACAUGGAGCAUCUUGAAUACGUUCAUCGUGAUGCAUUUUCGCAAAUGACCACACUGGAAUCACUAUUUUGCCGCAACAAUACCAAGCUGACAAGCAUUGAUAUUGGGAGUCUUCACUAUCCAACCAUCAGAACAUUAGAUAUUUCAAACUGCUCGCUGAUAACAUUAGAAAUCACUCAAGACAACGCUGAUCAUUCAGACGACAACGACACCAUACCACUGUUAUUCUCCAACCUACAGACACUCAAAAUUGACAAUAAUCCAUGGCAUUGUAACUGUUCCCUGUUCAAAUCGUUGCAGAGAUUGAUGAAAUUCGACGAAAGCGAUUUUCAGAGUGAACACACUGCAAGGUGUUCCACGCCAUACGAACUAACGUCGGACUUACUAGUUGACAUCACCAUCAACAAACUGUGUCUCGUUUCGAACGUUAAGAAACCACGUGAACCCGGCUACGAUCCACCACCAUUCUUACGUCCACGAUCCAUUCUAUUCUCAUUGCUAUCCAUACUGAUUGUGGUGUUGAUCGGUUUGUGCAUUGGAUUUGCAAUUGUUUUGAUUAAGAAAAAGCUCAAGCAAAACGAGGUGGGUUUUUCGUCGCCCAUUCGGUACACAACGGUGCGAAACAGUACGAUUUCGGUAGCAUAGGUUUUAGUGAAAUUGAUUUGUAUUUUUUGAUAAAAAUAAAUGUGAUGAAAGUAACGGUUGGUGAAGCAAGUG